AUGCACCCAAACAUUGUGACCUCUAACUCUGAGAUCCACUUCUAUGACAGAGACGAGAACUUCGCUAAAGGAUACAGCUGGUACAAGGCACAGAUGCCGCUAUCAUACAACAAUCAGAUCACCUUGGAGAAAACACCAUGUUACAUCUGGAGUGAAAGAGCGCUGAAUGAAAUUUACAAACUUAACAAGAAGACCAAACUGAUUGUUAUUUUCAAAGAUCCUGUUGCUCGUCUCGUCUCGAUGAAGCUUACCGUAAGAUUAAUAAUUUGCCCAUACUUUAAAUAUUUUCAGAUUCAUAUCUUGGAGGGCAGUGACUUUACGAAAGACCCAGCUACAGAAAUUACCAAACUUGAAACAUUUCUACAAGUUCCACAUUUUAUCACCGAAAAAAACUUUUAUUUCAAUACCACUAAAGGCUUUUUCUGUAUGCGACCCUUGCAUACUAGCAAAGGAAGUUGUCUGGGCGACAACAAGGGGAGACAAUAUCCCCGGUUGGAUCCAUUCGUGGAAAAGAGGUUAUACGAGUAUUAUCGAGAACACAACGAGCAACUUUUUCAGCUUCUUGGCCGAAGAUAUUCUUGGAAUGCGCCGGAUUACAUCCGAAGUUAA